GUGGCUUUCUCUUCUUUAAGAUUUUUUCUUUUUUCUUUUUUCCUUAUAAAUUAGUCUUUCUUCUCCAAUCUCCCCACCAAGUCUCCUGCUCCACAGUUCAAGUCCAGCUCCUUGUAGUCUUUCAUUUUCAUAGUAAUUGACUGUGAAGUCUGGUCCAGAUAUAAAUCAUCUGGGUAAUUCUUCCUUUGAGAUGAGGAGUACCCAUUGCCUUAUUCCUCUUUCUUGUUCUGUGGGAAUUGGGUUUUCCUUUUGUUAAUUUUAUGUCAUCGGAGACAGAUCUAGGAAAGCUUUGAACACAGAGAGAGUAAUAGAGGGCUCUGUUCAUCUUGCUCAUCAAUGGCGGGUGGAGGAUUUGUGGACCCAGAGGCAGCAAAGAGGGCUCACCUCUAUGAGUACAGAAUCACGAAGGCUUUUGUCUUCGCCUGCUGUGUUGCUGCACUGGGUGGUUCUCUUUUCGGAUAUGAUCUUGGUGUUUCUGGUGGUGUGACUUCCAUGGAUGACUUCUUGAUCCGAUUCUUCCCCAAAAUUUAUGCAAGGAAGCAACGAUCUCUCAAUGAGACAGAUUACUGCAAGUAUGAUAACCAGGUCCUCACACUCUUCACUUCCUCUCUCUACUUUGCCGGCCUUGUCUCCACAUUUGGGGCCUCAUAUUUAACCAGAACUAAGGGUAGAAGAGCAAGCAUUCUCUUUGGUUCAGUCAGCUUCUUCCUUGGGGGCCUCUUGAAUUGUUGUGCUAUCAACAUAGCAAUGCUCAUUAUAGGCCGUAUCCUUCUUGGUUUCGGCAUUGGAUUUGGGAAUCAAGCUGUCCCUCUCUAUCUUUCAGAGACGGCGCCGCCGAAGAUCAGGGGAAUGAUUAACCAACUGUUCCAACUAACCACCUGCCUUGGCAUUCUGGUUGCCAAUAUCAUCAAUUACUUCACUGACCAAAUCCACCCAUGGGGUUGGAGAUUGUCUCUUGGUCUAGCCAUGGUCCCUGCUGCUCUUAUGUUUAUUGGAGGCCUUUACCUUCCUGAGACUCCCAAUAGCCUUGUUGAGCAAGGAAAACUAGACCAAGCAAGAAAGAAUUUGGAAAGAAUUAGAGGAACCACCAAAGUAGAUGCAGAGUUUCAAGAUCUCCAAUUAGCUAGUGAUGCAGCAAGAGCUAUUAAGAAUCCUUUCAGGAACCUUUUGGCAAGAAAGAACCGUCCACAGUUUGUGAUUGGAGCUUUGGGUAUCCCUGCUUUCCAGCAACUCACUGGCAUGAAUUCCAUACUCUUCUAUGCUCCUGUCAUUUUUCAGAGCCUGGGUUUUGGAUCAAACACUUCUCUCUACUCGUCUAUCAUUACAAGUAGUAUGCUUGUUGUUGCAACCUUCAUUUCAAUGUAUGUUGUUGAUAGAAAAGGUAGAAGGUUCCUCUUCAUGGAAGCUGGUUGCCAAAUGAUCAUCUCCAUGCUGGUGGUGGCCAUUGUUCUGGGCCUCAAGUUUGGACAUGGAGUGCAACUACCUAAAUCAUAUGGAGCCAUCCUAGUUGUUAUGAUUUGUGCUUUUGUCCUUGCUUAUGGUUGGUCAUGGGGACCUCUAGGAUGGUUAGUACCAAGUGAACUCUUCCCUUUGGAAACAAGAUCAGCUGGGCAGAGCAUAGUAGUCUGCAAUAACCUUUUCUUUACAGCUCUGGUUGCGCAGUGUUUCCUAGUGUCUCUCUGCCACCUUCGAUAUGGAAUCUUCUUGCUGUUUGCAUCUUUGAUUAUGGUUAUGAGUUGCUUCAUUUACUUCCUCUUGCCAGAAACAAAACAAGUCCCCAUAGAGGAGAUAGUGUUCCUAUGGCAGAACCAUUGGUUCUGGAAGAAAUAUGUUGAAACAUCUGAUGAGAAGGUGGUUCAAGAGGGUUAAAAUCUCCACUGAUCCAAGAGAUUUUCUAUCAUUGUUAUAUGGAAUUUAUUGUAUGCAAUUGUUUCUUGAUAGAUGUCAUUACUUUUCCCUA